CUGUGCAAAAUUACCUAUACCGUCGGUGCUACGGUCGAAUUCUCAAGGCAUUGGGGUUACGCUUCGUGCUCCUCUCACGCGAUCACGGUUUUGGCAUUGAGAACGAUCAAUUCUCGCAUGAAGUUUCAGCUUCGCGAAACGUGAAAUAAAAGAAAGCUGCGUUUUUUUACCAGCACGCUGGGCUGAAGAAAAAAUAUCACGAACAAUUGCAAAUUUUCGCGUGAGUGAGCGUAUGUCGUCUUCGUUUUCGUCGUCGUUGUCGUCGUCGUCGUCGCCGCCGCCGCCGCUGUCGAGUGGCCUGUGUUUGGUAACCAUUCAGUCGCCUUCCCCAACGAAGCGGGUGCAGGUUGUGUGAAUCACGAGAGUGAAAAAUAGUAGUCGACUUUUUUUCAAGUUCAAAUUUUCAUUUGCUAGUCGCGAUAGCAGCAGUCAGUGAGUGAAUUGCGUCAGAAAGGGAUCAAUUGUACACGGGAACAAAGUUAGGGCGCUUGGACCAACAUUGGUCCGUCAAGGCCUACGACCAAAUAAGUGGAGCAACGCCCCACCCACCCAUUUCUAUCACCUCACACUACCGCCAGGCGAGAAGCAGCAGCUGUGUGUACUAUGAUCGUUCUAAAUUCAGACAGAUCGAAACUGAAUCGUCACAGGGAAGCAGAAUUUGUCUAAUAUGCCUGUGAUAUCAGCAUAUUCGACUAGUGGCAGCAGUUACAUCUCUCCGUCAUAUCGCUAUAGAUCGAGUCUUAGCGAUCGAAAGAGUUACACUACUAGUAGCAGCACUAGCAGCAGCAUCUAUCGGAGAAGUUCUUACCGCUAUGAACUGCCGUCUACUUCGUCCGCCUAUUCAUCCUAUCGGUCAGACCGUACAACAGACGCUGAACUCUCAGCCACACUUUCAACGCUCGCCACCAAAGACACGGCAGUAGAAUCGAGCACCGCACCUAUCACUGCGGCAACAACGACAGUUAAUAGCACCAACAGACCCAGCCGUUACUCUUCUGCCUACAGUUAUAACUCACUCAGUUCGGCUCCCAUCCGGGACUACAGUACACGCUUCAGUUCACGUUCGUCCGAUACUCGCCUCAAAGAUCGGGACAAUAAUUGCCUCUGUACCGGUGGCGCUGGAUCAUCCUCAAACUAUAUCUCGAACUUACGCAGCACUGCACUGAGCGGUGCCGAACUUUACCAAAAGUACAGUGUCUCAACUUACAAACCAAGCAGUCUAGAAUCCCGAAUCAGUUCAAGAACGACAGCAGCAGAUUCGGUCACAAAAUCACCGAUCAGCACGACUCUAAAAGCAUCCUCGCCAACAGCGUUGGAUAUUAGCAAGGUAAACAACAUUCCCGCUAAAGAUAAAAACAGUAACAUCAACGUUGCCGUCGUUAUCAGCAAUAACAAUAACCCUACUAACACUAGUAACGGCCACACCGGUGUUGCUAAUAACCCAGUCACUAACUGCAAACUUACGACAGCUAGAAACACCGGCGCUAAACCGGAAAACUUAGCACGCUUUCCCCAUAGCCAUUCCAACGCGUCAACCGGUAUUACUGGCACAACUGUUGUUACUACCACAACCACCACAAUUACUACCACUACCUCUUCCACAUCCGUGUUACUGUCAUCAUCGUCAUCAUCUUCGGUGCUGUACGAAACGGCUGCCGUGAGUCUUGAAGCGACACGAUCGCGCAAGCCUGGUUCUGUACCUGCAGUGCUGAAAAACACACUGAACAAGUUACGGCCAUCCGGUGGCAAGCCUCCAGUACCAAAAAGUGCAUUCACUAGUAAUAGCUCCAGUGAUCUGGCCUCUGUUUCGAUCAGCGAACGGAAGCAGCUGCUCGGUCUGUCCAGCUAUCGAAACCAAAAUUUUCUCAAGCACGAGUGCGAUCUGGUCAAACGGGAACUGAGCAAAAGUGCCACAGAAAUCGCUGUCAAAAAAGGAUCCAACCAGACCCCGAACAAGCCAGUCAGCACCAUUGGAUCCGCAACAAGCUUGUUGAGCAGUGCAGACAAUUCCAAAGAUAGAUCAUCUUCCAUCCUAUCAAAAUUGGAGGUUUCCAAAACGAGGCAACUCUUGCCACCCGUUUCCAGCUCCAGUAUAGCCUCAAAACCCGGCCAGCCCAAAGAUCAUGAAGAUGAUGACAUGAAAAAUCACCAACACAACAGCCAGAACGCAACUACCACUACCACCAUCACUACUACAAGCAACAGAUCACAACCAUCCAGUGCAAAGCAGCCAUUCACCACUUCUACUAGUAACUCUGGUGUGGAAUUAAAACCCAUUGAUCGGCCGGCAGUGCCGACCAUUUUGCAGAGUACUCAAAGAAAUGAUACUUCUCUUUUCAAAUCAUCUCCAUUAUCGUCGAAUACCUGCACCAUCACCACUACAACUACAACACGGACUACGACUUUUACCAAAACCGCAAAUACAGAGUCGCUAACAAGUGCUUGUAUGCCAUCAUCAUCGUCCGCAGUACGUACUACAGCUUGUACUUAUCCUACCAAUUCUCGUUCCGCCACCGACACCGCCAUGAAAUCGCUGCACAUCACUACCGAACUGGAGGAAUCCAUUACACAGGCCACCAUCAAGCUGCGUCCGACCGUAAACGGAGCGAGCAAUGGAGCCGUCGGAGGGCAUCGGCUCAUAGCGACUGCGUCUUCCACCACGGAUGACAUGAGCGAUAACGAUUAUCAUCACGUAACUGCUACGAUACGAAUCAAACCAAAGUCUAGCAUAAGUCAUCACAGCACAAGUAGUAGUAGUAGCAGUAGCAGCACCAACGGUAGUACCGCCAGUAUAAACAACAUCAAUAACAAUAACAACAACAACAACAAUGCAAACCAUUGCGGCCAUGGUAGUAGCAGCGACGAUGAACACGAAUUCCCCAAUGGAAACGUGAGCAUCCACAGCAAUAAUAAUAAUAACAAAAAUAAUAAUGGUGUAGAAGGUGACGGGAACGAUGACGCUAGUGACGACGACGACAUCAACGAGGCUACAACCGUGGUUACCAAUUCCGUAGACAAAGAAUCAAAAGUUAACGAUGAUGAUAGAAAAGUUUCUUACCUGCGUUCGGGCACGACCUCGAAGAGUAUUCACUCGACAAGUCCAGUUGGUUAUCGAAGUCGCGACUAUGAUUCCGGCCUUGGGAGUUACCGGUCCGGAUUGAGCAACUCCAGUCCAUCAGCCUCAGUACAAAAACCCAGCUACAAUGAUCGAGCUAACGGUGAAGAUGGAGGCAGUCGAAAGGAGGGACUCUGUGGUCUAUGGAAUAUAGGUAAUACUUGCUUUAUGAACUCUGUGAUACAGUGCCUAAGUCAUACCCGGGAGCUCACUAAUUUCCUUCGGAUGCAACCGACAUCGGAGCGGGGUACGACAAAAGAUCAUAAGAUUCUUGCCGAAUACACAAAGCUGAUUAAAGACAUGUGGAAUGGAGUAAACCGCAGUGUCAAUCCAUCGGAAUUAAAAUAUGCCUUCUCCAGCAAACAUCGAAUGUAUUCCGGGUCAGCUCAACAGGAUGCACAGGAAUUUUUGCGAUUCUUCAUCGAUUCGCUGCACAGUGCCCUGAACGUCUCGGUCAAACGGGAGCCAAUCUCCAGAGAGAUCGAGGAUGAUGAUCUAAACAAUCGCAUCAAGGCAACCAUGAUGUGGGAAUGGUACUCCAAAGUGGAGAACUCCGUAAUCAAGGAUUUGUUUGUGGGGCUUCUUCGCAGCACCUUGAAGUGCACAGUGUGCAAUAGUGCCAGCGUUACGUUCGAUCCUUUCUGGGAUCUCAGCUUACCCCUUCCGUCGACCAACUCCCGAUGCAAGCUGGAGAACUGUCUGGACAUGUUCGUCAAAGAGGAAGUCAUGGACGGUAUAGAUCAACCGACUUGUUCCAAGUGCAAAACUCGGCGAAAGUGCACGAAAAGCCUUACCAUCGAACGAUUUCCCAAAUAUCUCGUGAUACAUUUGAAACGCUUCUCGGAAACCCGAUGGAGCAAGCUUACCAAUGUGAUUGAGUUUCCGACCGGCGAACGGGAGCUCAACCUGCAGCCUUACGCUUCCGAAGACAAUACAGCUCCGGUCUACUAUUCGCUGUACGGUAUUUCCAACCAUAUGGGAUCCACUGCUGGUGGUCACUACAUUGCCGUCUGUAAACAUCCGGUCAGCAAGGAAUGGCAUGAGUUCAACGAUAAUUUUGUGAGCGAAACAUCUGAGCGGAGUUUAGUAACAUCCAGUGCCUAUGUAUUAUUCUACGAGCGAGCAUGAAUAGUUUAAGCGAGAAUAGAAAUAGUAAACAGUAAUGGGACAUCGUGUGCAAAAGAGAAAAAAAGCGCGCCGCAGAGAAUCAGAGGUUUAUAACAUUCAGGGUUUGGGAUUAACGUACAUUCACUUCGGUAAGGUUAGAUAGGUGAUAACCGAAUAUUUGACGAAUAUUUAGGAAGAGGAGGUCUUCACGGCGAUUUGAAUGACACCGUAAAACGUACAUCAAUCAGAGUAGAAAAAUUUAAACUAAAAUUGCACAAAAAAUUGUAUGAAAAUUAUACCAUUUCAGGCUUGAAAGACUUACACAUAUGAAUUUCAUCUAAUAAUGAACAAAUUAUUGGUCUAGAAAUUGAACCAAGUGCUAUACCCAGAAAUGAUUUUUCCUCAGAGCAAAAACUGAAAGAUGAAUAUUUGCACUUUGCUCAGUUUUCAGUGCGAUGCGCUCUUCUCCGUUUUGUUUUGUCUUUGCUCUCUUUUGGCACAGACGCCUGUAAAAGCAACCUUCACUUUGUGCAACGUUCUCAUUGAGGAGCAACAAACUUUGAAUAAAUCAAUGCAUCAUUUGCUAAUAUGAUAUACAUUGACGUAUUCGACAUUCUGUUAACAUUUUGAUGCUCUUUAAUGAACUGGUUGCACAGCGAUCUGUAUUAUGGGAAGGAGAGAAAAGGCAAAACAAAACGGAGAACUCUUCGUAGUGAAAACCUGAUCAAAGCGCAAAAAUUCCUUUUCCAGUUGUUGCUCUGAGGAAAAAUCAUCCCUACCAGCAAGUGUUUUAAUCUCUUUUCACAGAAACACAAUGCCGAAUACAGAAAAAAACGGAGUUAAAAUCAGAACAUCAUUGAAUCCAAUGACUAAGUGGUGAGAAACACUUUUGAAUUUUAGAAAAAAUUGGUGGGACGUAAUUUAAAUUCGUUGAAAAUUUUGGCUAACAUUGUAAAGAAAUUAUCAUGACACAUUCUAGCGUUACGGGACACAAUUAGCCCCCAUUUUUACUGUGAGAAAUGCUUCCUAUUUCACCAGCUUUUUGACUAAUACCUUGUAAAAUAGUUGAUUAACGAAGACAUGAUCUUCCACUUGAAUUCCAGCGAUUUGAUGAAAUAGCAACUGAUUUACAUAGUAGGGAUAGUGUCCCGUAACACUGGAAUGUGUCAUAUACUUUCUAGAAUACCAACCAGAAACUCUUCUAAAAUCGAUUGAUAUCGCCCUAACCAACUGAAUGUGAAUAUGUAAAAGAACAAGUGUGAACCAGAGAAAAAUUCUGAUUCCGAAUUGUAGCAGUUUAUUGUGACCUCUCGUGAAGCUAGUGAUACGAAGUAACUCUUUUUAGUGACAAAUAAUUCCGUAAAAACAAAUAGAUUGGAAAAUUUUCUAGUGACACAAAAGCUCAGUAGUCUCAUUCUUCUAAAUAUGCACUUGGAGUGCUUCGUAAAGCUACCUUCACCGAGGACCUAACUACCAUCACAGUUGAAAGACUAAGUCGAAGAUGAAACCGAUUCGUCGAAGCGAAAUGAAUGCUUAGCAUGUAAUUGUGAGUACACGCAAGAAAAGUGAAUUAUAACAAAAUCAAACAAAAAUACACCAACAAACAACACACAUACAGCAAAAGUUAGUAGAAACAGGACGAAAAAACACAUGAUUACUGAUUACACAAAAUAAAUACUAGUAGAGACAAAGUGGCAAUUGCUGACGCAAUUCCAACUCACUCUGCAAAGGGUCUCUACUCGUGUUUAUUUUACGCACAGUAAAAUCAGUAAAAGAGAUUAGAUUUAUAAUAUUUAUUUAACUAUUUAUUAUAGAACAUGAAGAAAGCAGACUAAAACAAACACACAGAAAUAAUAUUUAUACCUAGAUGUAACGUGUUGAGAUGAUAACCAAAACAAAAAAAUUAGUUGUUGAUCAUAUUUCGUUUUUUAAUACUACAGACUUCUGGAGAACUUCUUGGGAGCCGAUUGUUAUUAGUUUUAUUUUCUAAUGAUAAAUUAAACUAACUUUUCUAGCCACUGAAUCUCACGAAAGAUUAAGAGUCUAAUAACCUGCUGAAAACUAAAACUAUGAAACUAUUUACUAUCGGAGCGCUACACGAUCCGCAGGAAGAAGGCAAACAUUCGAAGAAGAUGAAAACUUUUAGAAGACAAACUAAAUUUUAGAACCUAAAAAGCUGAUCCAAAUCAACGAGACACGGUCGAUGAGCUCCCCGCUUGCUCGACCGCCCAAUUAAUCAUGGUUGCGUUGUGUUAAAAUUAAACAAUAAAGAGACA